CGCCAAAAUUAAAAUAUGUUCAUCAUAACAUCAAAGUCAAACCUAAAGUUAUAUCUAUCCUAAAAGUCCUUUUCCCAAUAAAACUCUCAUAAAAACUAAUAGAACAUCUUCUAACUCUAAUAGAAUGUUUAAUCCCAAGAUUAAACAACAUACCAAGAUUUUUUCUAUCUUUUCUCUAAUCACAUUAUCUACCAUAUUCUUUAUCAUACAAGGUGAUCAUGUUAUCCACCAUGAUUCUCUUAUACUCCAUGCUACAAAAAAAGAAGGUCUUGUUAUGUUACAAGCUCAAAGGUCAACUCUUAGUAGAAUUGAUCACAAUGUCAAACCUUUAAUUUCCAUGCAAGAGGAGAAAUUAGAUGAGGUUGAUUAUGCAAAUCCAAAAGUACUAGUUGCUCCAUUCAAUCUCAACAAAGAACAAAGAAUUACAUGGUUUAAAGAGAAUCUACAAGAGUUCAAGAUUCUAAAGCCAAAUAAAUUGGCAAAACAAUUCCAUACUAGAAUCCAUGAAUUUCUCAAAAAUGAAUCAUGUGAGUCACAAUUCUUCAUGACAUGGAUUUCACCAUCAAGUUCAUUUGGAGAAAGAGAGUUUUUGUCUAUAGAAAGUGUUUUCAAGGUUCAACCUAAAGCAUGUUUGACAAUUCUAUCAAGAAGUUUGGACUCAAUUCAUGGCUACAAAAUUCUCAAACCAUUCAUUGAUAAAGGGUUCAAAGUUCAAGCUAUAGCACCAAACUUGCCAUUUUUGUUCAAAGACACUCUAGCUGAAUCUUGGUUUCAUGAGUUAAGGAAAGGAAAACAAGAUCCUGGUGAGAUUCCUUUGUUUCAAAAUCUAUCAAAUUUGAUAAGACUAGUUGUUUUGUAUAAAUAUGGUGGUGUGUAUUUAGACAUUGAUUUUAUACUAUUGAAACCUUUGAUUGGUUUAAGGAAUUGUAUUGGAUCACAAAGCAUGGAUUAUGGUACUAAACAUUGGACUAGAUUAAACAAUGCUGUUCUUAUUUUUGAUAAGAAUCAUCCACUUCUUCUAAAGUUCAUUAAUGAAUUUGCUUUGACUUUUGAUGGAAAUAAAUGGGGGCAUAAUGGUCCUUACCUUGUUUCUAGAGUUGUUGAAAGACUUGGGGAAAAACAUGGUUUGAAAUUUUCAAUUUUGCCACCUUUUGCUUUUUAUCCAGCUGAUUGGAAUAAGAUAAGUGGAUUUUUUAAGAAGCCUAAAGAUAGAAGUGAAGCAAAAUGGGUUGAAGCCAAAUUGAGACAACUUAGUGGUGAGACUUAUGGGAUUCAUCUUUGGAAUAAACAAAGUAGUGGAUUGGUUAUUGAAGAAGGAAGUGUCUUAGCAAAACUUGUAUCAAAUCAUUGUGUCACUUGUAAGGUGUAAUAGUUUUUUCUCUAAUGUAUAGGAACACUUUGUAACUUGUGAAGGAAUUCUCUUUUAACUCAUAGAUUCUCCACUUGAUGAUUUCAAUUAA